GUGCCUAUUCUGAGAGUUUCUCUAUCUGUCCAAGUGUCUUUAUAGGAAAGGGCUCCAGAAUCUCCACAGCUCUCCACCGACUGCAGAUUGGUGAUUAUGGAUAAAGGACAGUUCCCCCCUCCAUAUCCUGGACCGCCAAUGGACCAGACCAACUUUCCUUACCAGCAACAGCAGGUUUCCUAUCAAACCCAACCAGCUCCAAUGGUAAUUUACAACCAACAGCCCGCCAUGUCCACCGUCACUCAGAUGGUCCAGUCUGCGCCUGCCUCGGCCACAGUGGUAAUUAUGCCACCACGUCUGACUGAAGUUCCUGGGCAGAUGCAAUGUCCUUACUGCCAGCAGCUGAUCGUCACACAGACGACAUACAUCAAUGGGACGAUGGCGUGGGUCAUCUGUGGAACUCUUGGCAUUUUAGGGAUCUGGCCAUGUUGUUUGAUUCCUUUCUGUGUGAAAGGCUGCAAGGAUGUAAAGCAUCGCUGUCCAAGCUGUAAAAACCUCAUCCAUGUAUACAAACGCAUGUAGCUGGUUCUGAAGCAGAGAAAAUCUGAACGACUAAAUGAAAAAUUUUACAGACAGCAUCUUUUGGACAUUACUGGACUUCCUAAUUCAAAGACAAAAUAAUACCAUGACGUGGGGUUCUCUUUCCUUCUUUAUGCAUAUAUAUAUAUAUAUA